CAGGACGGGGCGAAACCUGGACCGAGCUCUGCACUCGCAGCGGAGCCAAGAUCAGAUAGUCGGCAUCCACUUGAACUUAAGUGGUAACAAAUCUAGCGAUCCCCAUUCAAUUGAAUUCUUUUGAUUCAUUUUCGAAAAUGGAGGUGCCUCAUCCGUACUCGCCCGCAUCUCUCGAGCUUCCCGGCUUCGUUCCUCUUCAGCUGUCGCGCGAAUUUAUCCUCGGCGUCUUCACUGUCUUCACAUUUGCCGUCUUCGGCCUCGGCUACACUCUCUCAGGGAAGGUCAAGUCGCUGAGCAAAGUCGAUCGUCUGCUCGUUUGCUGGUGGGCGUUCACUGGGCUCGUGCACUUGGUUCUGGAGGGCUACUUCGUUUUCACGCCUGAUUUUUACAAGUUGAAUCCUUCGAACUACUUUGCUGAAGUCUGGAAGGAGUAUGGAAAGGGCGAUUCCAGGUAUCCCGCGCGUGAUUCUACAAUUGUCCUGAUCGAGGGCAUCACUGCUGUUAUUGAAGGACCUGCGUCCCUUCUGGCAGUCUAUGCCAUUCUAACGAGCAAGCCUUACGCUCAUACGUUGCAAAUCGCAACAUCCUUGGGGCAGUUGUAUGGAGACACCCUAUACUUUGCCACUGUCUACUUCGCCGACACUGAGUUCUCAGCGCCCGGCCCCAUUUACUUCUGGGGUUAUUUCAUCUUCAUGAACAGCAUUUGGAUUAUCGUUCCCAUCCUAAUCGCAGGCCGAUCUUGGAGGUACAUUUCGAAGGCAUUUUCAGCUCAAAAAGUCAACGGUGCCAGCAAGAAAAGGAAAUAGAAAUCUGGAGUCUCAGACGGAUAUCUGUCGACUGCCAUCUAUGUCGCGGGAUUUGGCCUCUUGUUAAUCACAAACAAAUUCCGAGGACAUUGUAUUUGUUACAGUGAGUGUAGGUUACCUUAGACUGAAUUGUCAGCGUUCCAACGAUGCGCCAAAGGGCAUUCCAAAAGCAAUUUAUUUCAAGGCUUCAGGUGCAGUUUUAGCUUCAGGUUUAAUUUCCUAGCAUCGGUGAAUGCUGAGUGUACUGAGCUCUCCAUUUGAUCUCACCGGAAGUAAAGCGGAUGGGAGAUGGCUAGUUGAGGUGUCUAACAACUCACAACCUUCGCAGCUGCUUUUUUGUGAUCAUGAUCAUAUCUGGAGGCUGCUUAUCCUCGUUCGGCGGAGCUCUAGCUUGGAAUGCUGAAGAUUGUAUUCCU